AUGUGGCCACAGGACAGUGGGGUGCUCUGUCCUCUCCAGGAUAAUUCUUUUGUUGAUAACUGCUGUUUAGGCAAAACUUGGGUAAAAUUACAGAGAAAGUCCAUUGUUGCAGCGAGUUUCAUUGCAGCAUUCCUCUGUCUGAUCAUCGUUCGUCUCACAAAUGAAGUAACUUUCCCUUUGAUCCUAAACUGCUUUGGGCAAGCCAAUGUCAAAUGGAUACCAUUUUCUAACGGUCAAAGGCAGCCUCUGAGAACUCAUUAUGGAUAUAUAAAUGUGAAAACACAAGAGCCUCUACAACUUGACUGUGACCUCUGUGCCAUUGUUUCAAAUUCAGGACAGAUGGCUGGCCAGAAGGUGGGAGCUGAGAUAGACAAGUCCUCCUGCAUAUGGAGAAUGAACAAUGCUCCCACAAAGGGCUAUGAGGAGGAUGUUGGGAAGAGGACAACCAUAAGAGUGGUCUCUCACACAAGUGUGCCUCUCCUACUCAAGAACCCUGAGUACUUUUUCAAAGAAACCAACACCACUGUUUAUGUGAUCUGGGGACCCUUCCGAAACAUGAGGAAGGAUGGAAAUGGCAUUGUCUACAACAUGCUGAAAAAAACUGUUGACAGCUACCCAACUGCCAAAAUCUACGUGACAACAGAAAAGCGCAUGAGUUACUGUGAUGCAGUGUUUAAGAAGGAGACAGGGAAAGACCGAGUCCAGUCAGGUUCAUAUCUCAGUACGGGUUGGUUUACCUUAAUUUUGGCUAUGGAUGCCUGCUAUGGAGUUCACGUCUAUGGGAUGAUAAAUGACACCUACUGCAAGUCAGAAGGCUUUCGUAAAGUUCCCUACCACUACUACGAGCCAGGAAGAGAUGAGUGUGAGGAAUACUUUCUGCAUGAAAAUGCUCCAUACGGAGGCCAUAGGUUUAUCACAGAAAAGAAAGUAUUCGCUAAAUGGGCCAAGAAGCACACAAUAAUAUUUACACACCCCAACUGGACAGUGUCUUGA